AUGUAUUCAAUUAGAUUGCAAAGAUCAUUGUAUGGCUUAAAGCAAUCUAGACGCAUGUUGUAUAAACGUCUUAGUGAGUAUUUAUCUAAGAAAGGUUAUAUAAAUGAUGCGAUUUGCCCAUGCAUUUUUAUUAAGAAAACAACAUCAGAGUUUGUUGUACUUGUUGUUUAUGUUGAUGACAUAAAUCUCAUUGAAACUCCAAUAGAGCUUCAAAAGGCAAUUGCUUAUUUAAAGAAUGAGUUUGAGAUGAAAGAUCUUGGAAAGACAAAAUUAUGUCUUGGUUUGCAAACUGAGCAUUUGACAAAUGGUAUUUUUGUCCAUCAAUCUGCCUACACAAAAAUAGUGUUGAAAAGAUUUUAUAUGAAUGAAGCACAUCCAUUAAGCAAUUCGAUGGUUGUUCGAUCACUUGAUAUGAAUAAGGAUCCAUUCCGACCUCAAGAAAAGAAUGAUGAACUUCUUGGUCCUGAAGGAAGAAGGAAAAGAAUGCAAAUCAGAAGAAUUCAAGGAGAAGAUGGGAAUUGGAUAGAAGAAGAAGGGGGAAUAAGUGCUGAAGCCAUCAAAUACUACACUGCUCAGUUCACAAAAGAAGAAGAUCCUAAGGACUAUGAAAUUCUGAAUCACUUACCCAGAAUGAUCUUUGAGGAGGACAAUGUGAUGUUUGAAGCAGAACCAACUGAAGAGGAAGUGAAGAGAGUGGUUUUCCAACUAAAUAGUGACAGUGCUGGAGGACCUGAUGGUUUUACUGGGGUGUUUUAUCAAACCUGCUGGGAUAUCAUUAGACAGGAUGUCACCAAUAUGAUGAAGGCUUUCUUCUGUGGUGCAGAAUUACCCAGGUUUGUCACCCAUACUAAUUUGGUCUUAAUACCAAAGAAAGAUAUGGUUAAUACCUUCUCUGAUAUGAGACCAAUUAGUUUGAGCAAUUUUGUGAACAAAUUUUUUUUGAGACUGUUACAUGAGAGAUUGGUUGCCAAAGUACCUAAUAUUAUAUCUCCCAAUCAAGCUGGUUUUGUCAAAAAUAGAAGUAUUGUGGAGAACAUACUAUUGACUCAAGAAAUAGUAUAUGAUAUAAGGCUAAGAACAAAAGAAGCAAAUGUUAUUAUAAAGCUGGAUAUGAAAAAAGCAUAUGACAGGAUAUCUUGGUUGUUCUUAACUAAGGUACUCAGACACAUGGGAUUUUCAGAGAAGAGCAUAGACAUGGUCUAUAGAAUUGUUAGCAAUAAUUGGUACUCUGUUUUGGUUAAUGGGCAACAACAAGGAUUCUUCCAAUCUACUAGAGGAGUAAAGCAAGGGGACCCUCUAUCCCCUACUUUAUUCAUACUAGCAGCAGAGGUCUUAACAAGGAGCUUAAAUGCACUUCAUCAUGAUAUGCAAGUUAAAGGUUUUGGCAUGCCUAAAUGGAGUCCAAAAAUAAAUCAUCUUGCAUAUGCUGAUGACAUGAUCAUGUUUACUUCAGCAGAUAUGGUCUCUUUGCAAAGAAUAAUGAGGAUUUUGAGAAAAUAUGAGCAGACUUCUGGCCAAAAGAUUAAUAUGAACAAAAGUGCUGUUUAUAUGCAUAAUAAAGUAGCAGGAGACAUCAGUAUAAUAGUGGAGAUUGUCACUGGCAUGAAUAGAAGAGAAUUUCCUUUUAUGUAUUUGGGAUGCCCUAUCUAUCAUUGUAGGAGAAAGAAGGAAUUCUUUAAUACUUUGACUCUUAAGAUCAUGAAUAGAUUACAAGGAUGGAAGGGUAAAAUGUUAUCUUUUGGAGGAAGGGCAAUACUUAUUAAACAUGUACUUCAAAGCAUGCCAAUACACAUGCUAUCAGCUGUUAACCCUCCUAUUGGAAUCAUCAGACAAAUUCACAAAAUGUUUGCUCAGUUCUUCUGGAGCAAUACAAUUGGGGGCAGAAGUAGACACUGGGUGUCUUGGAAUAAGAUGUGUGUUCCUACUACAGAAGGAGGCCUAGGUGUUAGAUCAUUACAUGAUGUGGCAUUAGCACUGUUUUGUAAGCUAUGGUGGAACUUUAGGACAAAACCUUCCCUGUGGAGAGAUUUUAUGACCAACAAAUAUUGUAAGAAAGAGCAUGCUACAGUGGUGCAAUGGAAACAGGGGUCACAGACUUGGAAAAGAAUGCUAGAAGCCAGGGACCUAAUAGAACACCAAAUCUGGUGGCAAGUGAGGAAAGGAGAUUCACUUUUCUGGCUAGACAAUUGGACUGGAUUGGGAGCUUUAUAUUAUAUAAAUCCAGGGAAUACUUAUGAUGCAAGUAUUCAAAAUGUUAAUGAAAUGAUAGUGCAGGGGAGGUGGAAUAGAGAAAAACUUAGGGAAGUACUUGCUAAAGAUAUUGUUGAUCAUAUAAUAGACAAUAUAACCAUACCCAAGGAAGAAAGAGACUUUGAUAGACCAUGGUGGAUUCUAGACACAAGUGGAGAAUUUACUAUUAAAUCAACUUGGGAUUUUAUUAGGCAAAGGGGACCAAAACUGGACAUUUACAGGUUUAUGUGGAUAAAGGGUAUGCCUUUUAAAAUUUCCUUCUUCAUGUGGAGAUGCUGGAAAUACAAAAUUCCUACAGAUGAUGUUUUAAAGAAGAUGAACUUUAUUCUGGUGUCAAAGUGUUGGUGUUGUAUAAAUCCUAGAGAAGAGACUAUACAUCAUAUUUUCUUAACAUCUGAGACAGCUAAAAGAACUUGGUCCUUUUUCUGUAAGGCUGCAGGAAUAAGGAUGGAGGGGGUACAACUGCAACAGCUAAUUUUGAAAUGGUGGAUGACACCAGUUACUAACAGACUGAAACAGGUUUAUGCUGCAGUGCCAUCAAUUAUAAUGUGGGAACUUUGGAAGAGAAGGAAUGGUAUCCAGCAUGGACAUAGAAAGAUUAAUAGUUCAGUUAUAUAUCUAGUCAUAGUUUCUAUCCAAAGACUAGUACAAUAUAGAAAUCCCUCAAUUAGAACUAUCCCCCCUGGAUGGACAAAUCUGAUCCAAAUGCUAGAGGGAGGCAAGGCAAGAGUGAAGGUAACAAAAGUUAGAUGGAAUCUACCUCCACAUGGCUGGUAUGCUUGCAACACAGAUGGUGCAUCCAGAGGCAACCCAGGGAGAAGUGCAUAUGGUUACUGUGUGAGAGAUGCAGAAGGGAACUUAAUAUAUGCUAAGAGUGAGGAAAUUGGCUAUGCCACCAGUAUAGAAGCAGAAAUUGUGGCUCUUUUGGAAGCCUUGAAGUACUGUAAACAACAGGGACUAAAUAACAUCAUUUUCCAGACAGAUUCCCAAGCUAUUCAAAGAAUUUUGAAAGGGAAGCAAAUAAACUGGCAGAUGCUUUAG